AUGGAGAACGUGCCGAGAGUAGGCGUAGCAGUGUUCGUGUUGCGUGGGAAAACAGUGCUGUUGGGGCGGCGCCGCUCCUCCAUCGGUGACUCUACCUAUGCUCUUCCCGGCGGCCAUCUCGAAUUUGGAGAGAGCUUCGAGGAGUGUGCAGCGAGAGAACUGAAAGAGGAAACUGGGUUGGAUAUCCAGAAAACGGACUUCUUAACCGCAACUAACACCAUCUUUAAAGAACCUAAACCAGCACAGUAUGUAACUAUUUUUAUGCGGGCAAUGUUGGAUAAUCCUCAACAGGUGCCCCAAACUCUUGAACCAGACAAGUGUUAUGGUUGGGAUUGGUAUAACUGGGAAGAUCUCCCUAAUCCACUGUUUUGGCCUUUAGAGAAAAUGGUGCAAAGUGGGUUCAAUCCCUUCCCGGCUGAGUAG